AUGACCGACGAACUGUGUGAUAAAAUCGAAAAUGAUGAGUUUUACAAGAACUUCCUUGCCGACAAACCCAGCCCAGAACUGCAAUUGACCGUGGCGAUCAGCGACCAGAUCAGUAAACUCUCGGAAGGCAUCGAGCAGCUUUCCAGCGCCCUGCAAAAGCAGGUGCGUGAGCAAUACGGUGUACUGCUUUCCCAAGCCAAGCACGCUGGUACGUUAAACUCUUCGAUCGAUUCAAUAUCGAGCCACAUCGAAACCCUUCGAUUUGGUGCCGAAAGACUUCGCCGGCAGAUAACUGUUCCGUACGAUGUAUUGGAAACGCAAACGAAAGUGCUCGGACGCUUGCAUGAAGCGUCCCACGUGCUGCGUCAAUGUGCGCGAUUUCUGCAAGUACAUCAAGAGUUGGACCGUACGAAUGACCUCACCGAACAAGCCAGCAUCGUAAACGAAUUGGAAGGACUUAUGGAAGAUGUGGAUCUCACAAAGAUUGAUUUCCUGCGCGAAGAAAUAGGCUCUGUUGCCAAGGUUAAGCAACGGCUGUUGAAACUUGCUAAUCGUGAUCUUUUUGAAGGAAUUCUGAAAAAUAAGCCCGACCAAGUCGGUGUGUGUCUGAGAAUCUUUCACAAUUUGAAAAUUCUUCCCAGAUGCUUAAAUAAUGUGCUGGAAACGUUCAGCAACUAUCUGAAGGAAGCUAUAAAGGAGUCUUUUGCCGGGACGGAUGUGGCAAAGCUUCGCAAAACUGGCGCUUCUUCUCCGGCAAAGGAAAGGCACGAGUCACGCCAAUUGAAAGGUCCCGGCAAGACGCCUACACUGACAAAUUCCUCCAAUUUUCGCACGAAACUCUGGCAGGCAUUAGAAUGGCUGUUCGUGGAUGAAAUGUACGGCCACUGUACGCAGGUGUUAUUUCUGCAAAAGUGCUUGCAAGAGCUCCCACUAGGCGAUGAUUACAGCCUUGCGAAAGAACUCGAUCGCAAGUUUUGGAACAAUCUGGAACGGCAGAUGAUUAGCUCGUUCAAAUCGGCUCAAUCCCACGUUACGCAAUCACUUCAACAAGGCCUUCCGAAGCUGCUCUCACUAGCACGUGGCCUGGAGACGAAAGUCGAUCAGCACUUUUUUUUCAGUGAGAAGGUUUUCAAUUCCCUCGAAGCCGGUUACCUGGAGAAGUGCGCAAACAAUUUCAAGGUGGCCAUGGGCGAUGUGGAUUUUCCCAACCAGGAAGUUAUUGACGCUUUGGUGCGAGUUGCAUCAACCGAGCUUAAUGCUGCCAUCGUUGACGCACGGCUGAUCGAUCUUGUGACCGGGGUGCUGUGUGCAUCGAAUAAGGAUCUUUGGAACAAAAUCGAACGAAACGUUAAACUUGGCUCGGAAACUCAACAAGUGCUCGACAACCCAAAUGUUUCGCAAUCACAAAAUAUUACCCUUGCCAAUAUUAUUCACUAUCAUCAAGAGGCAAUCAACCGGUUGGUGUUGAAUUUAGGAUCGAAAUUUGCUGGUCUUGAGUCAUCAAAGCGGUUAACGGUCAGUCUAGUUGAAGGAAAAACCAUUACACUGGCUAUUUUACAACCGCUGAUUGCUUCCAUACAUACGGCAGUAAAUGUAAUCCUGCUUUCCAUGCACCGUGAACCGGGUUUGAAUUCAAAUAACAUUUCCACCACUGGACCUUCACUGUACAUGAAGGAGCUACAUGAUUUUAUCGUUCGGUCGUGGAGCACACACAUUCUGCCGUUCAAUGACCGUACGGUGAUCGAAGAGGCCGGCCGAAACUUGGCCGUUCGUUGCAUUGAACUGUUCGUGCAAAAUCUAGCAACCAUUCGUCCGAUUUCGUCCGCCGGCAGACAGAGACUCAAAGCCGAUUGUCACCAUCUGGAGAACGCACUCAAGCCUAUCGUUCCGGAAUUGUCGUCUCUUGGCAAAAGUUUCCGCUUGAUCCGUGCGAUCGCCUCGCUGUCCACCCUGGCGCCGCAGGAGCUGGUUGAGCAGACAUCCGAAGAGGGUGGAGUUGUGCCGCCGUACAUCGUGCUUUUUAUGCUAUUCGGUUAUGCCGGCAACGACAUGGCCAGCCCGCACGUUACCGCCGGCUGGAGCAACGAAAAACUGCUGCAAUGGCUAGAAAGCCACUCGGCUGAAAGGGAUCGGUUGGAACUGAUCACCGGAGCUCUGCAAAAGUAUAGGACCAUCAUCCGGCAGAAAAACAUCACCCAGUAUGAUCCCAUCUAUCCUAUUGUAACGAGUUAUUUGGAAAAUGUUAUGAAACAUUUGAACUAA